GUAAGUACUCACAUGUUGACACCAAAACCUGAUUGCAAUCACUGUGGUGCUAAGAGAUUCCAGUAUGAAACAAGUGGAUUUUGUUGUCGGUCCGGAAAGAUUAACCUAGCACACUCAGAACCUCCCUUGGAACUUCAAAUGUUAUACAAAAGUUCAGAUCCCAAUGCCGUGCAUUUUAGGGAGAACAUUCGGUACUUUAAUGGACACUUCUCAUUCACCACCCUUGGAGUCAGUCUUGACAAUAGAUACACAAACAUGAGUUCAGGAGUGUAUACAUUCCGAGCUCACGGUCAGAUUUACCACAACGUCUUCUCAUUUGGUCCAACUCAAGAUGGACCUAAGCAUUUGGAGCUCUACUUCUAUGAUGAUGAUCCAAGUUUACAACAUAGGUUUCGGUGCUCCCCAAACCUAGACCGAGAUGUCAUUCGUAAGCUUGUCGACAUCCUCAAGGAUAAUCCUUAUUCUGAGACAUUCAGGAAUCUAGGUGGAGUCGAUGACCUUGAGGAAUACCGUAUUGAACUAAACACCGACAUGAGGUUGGACCAACGGAGAUAUAACUUGCCUAUAUCAUCGGAGGUUGCGGCUAUUUGGGUUGAGGGUAAUGAACUAUGUAAGCACUUUGAUCGUAGCAUAGUACUGUUUGGUAACGGCAACAAGAGAUAUAGCAUCCAGCCAUAUUAUGGAUGCUAUGAUCCGUUGUCUUACCCUUUAUUCUUUCCAAGAGGGGAGAUUGGUUGGCAUCCCGAAAUCCCAAAGAAUGGCGUCAACUUGAAUGAGAUACUUCAAUCUCGUCGCAGUGGUCGACAUAGUCUAGGUACAUAUACAAAUAGUCGAUUAUGCGUAUCUGUUAGAGACUACUAUUGCUACAAGUUUCAAAUACGUCGUGGUGUAUUUAACACCAUGCUAUACGGUAAACAACUGUGCCAACAGUAUGUGGUUGAUAUGUACAUCAAGGUUGAAAGCUCAAGAUUGGACUAUAUCAGAAAUCACCAGAAACAAAUACGUGCUGAUCUAUACCAAGGUGUUGUUGAUAGCCUUCAAGCUGGGGAAAACCGUGCGGAUGCAGUGGGCAAAUGGACUAUACUUCCUACAUCAUUUAUUGGGGGAAAAAGAGAUAGGAGACGAAGGUAUCUUAAUGCCAUGGCCUUGGUGCAAAAGUAUGGGAAACCAGAUAUAUUUUUAACCAUGACUUGCAAUCCGAAUUGGGGUGAGAUAAUUAGUGAGCUGGAGCCUGGACAAACCCCACAGGAUCGCCCUGAUCUUAUCGUAUGA